AUGAAACUGGUUUUCGUUAUUUUCGUAAUUUGGUGCUGUGAUGCCGCCUUACCCAAGCAAGUACGAGUGGGCGUCCUGGUGCCAAUAACACCAAGAUUGAAUGGUGGAUUUAGUGUAGGAGAAGGUAUUAGAGCAGCUGUUAAAGCCGCCUUUGACGAUAUUAACAAAGAUAGCACUAUACUGUCUGGUCUGAAUUUGACGUAUGUGAUUCAGGACAGUGGAUGCAACUCAGUGAAAGCUGCGGGGAUCGCUGCUGACCUCAUGCACUCCCCAGCUUCCAUAGAUGCCUAUAUUGGUCCCGGAUGUUCAAGAGCAUGUCUCUCAGCUGGACUUCUGGCACAGUACUGGAAUAAACCAAUAAUAUCCUACUCUUGCUCGUCAUCUGAGCUAGAGGAUAGAGAAAAGUACUCAACAUUUGCCAGAACUCAACCAUUUAGCCGGACGUACUCACAAAUUACACCAUCGCUUCUACUAAAAAUCAUGCUACACUUUCAGUGGAAAAGAGCAGCCAUACUUGCUAGAGACGACUCUUCGACAAACAUUUGGGCCCCAGUUGCCUUUGAGUUAAAGAACGUUUUUAAAGAAAACAACAUAACCGUUUCUUAUUUCAAUGUAUAUAAAUUGACUGGAGAUAUAACAGCUCAACGUAGACAGGCAGAGAUUGAGACGGUACUGCAAGAGACCGUGGAGAAUGCUCGAGGUAAUCCUUAUUUGUAGUGUUAAGAACCUUGAAAGAUUAAAAAGGUAAGGCGGUCACACUUGCAAUAUUCAAAAAGGCUUCAACGGUUUUUUUUUUUAGGAGGAAAAAUGCAAUGUUCCAGGUAGAUGGCUUUAAGAUAGGCACAGGAGAAUGAUAUGCUAAGGUGUACAACGAUAUAGAUCCAAACUAGCAAGGCUAUUAGGGGCUUCCUAGAGUUAUUACACAGGCUUGAUCAAUAGUGAAAUUGAAAGCUGAGCUGGUUAUGCUUGUUAAUGUACGCGACAAGGGUUUGCACUUUGCAUCAAGUAUUUACGGAAAUACAAAAAAAAUUUUACUCACAGCCCGUUACAUAGCGAAGAAUAUAUUCACCUUGCCUUCUUUGACUGAUCGGUGUUCACUUUGAAGUUAAUUAACUUACAGUUAGAACAAGAAGAAGUUUAUAUCAUACGCACUUUGGAUAAUAAUAGCUUCUCAGAGGGUUCUUAAAAUAAAUAUUAUAGUGACCGCCACUGUAGCCUAGUUUUAAAUUUAACAACUUUUUUUUUAUUCUGUUUGUUAUAGUUGUCUUCAUUUUGGGCUCCAGAAGUGAAGUGACGCGCCAUUUGAUGGUAGCUAGGAUGCUUGGAAUAUUAAACGGCGACUACGCGUUUAUCACUUUGGACUUUUAUGUCUCAGAAGAUCUAGCGACGUCUUUGGCAAACCAGUCACCGUCGCUGAAUUGGAAUGAUGCACUGGAGUCAUUUGAAGGAUUAAUAACUUUGUCUGUCAAGAAGCCAAGAUCCGAUGAGCUACAUAAUCUGACGAAAUGGCUGAAUGAUGGACUAAAGAAAAUUCCAGAAUACCAAAAUCACUCCGCUUCUUCAAGGGUAAACAGAACGUUAUUUUAAAAAUAUGUAUCUCCCUGGAUUUAUGACAACCGGAUUAACAAACAUUUUGUAAUUUCUCUCAACUUCCCCUGUCUCAGCUUUUUGACUUUGUUUCUUGCUUAUGUCGUUUUUACUUUGUUAUUUUGGGGUUAGAGAUUUGUGUAGAAGUGGCUGUAGACAGAAUUUCGCGAAUUUCUUUCUGAUAAUGUACCACAGAUAUUUCCUUAUCUUGUUUUUUUUUCCUUCCGAGGAAACAGGCAGCAAAGACUGCGCCUUACCUUUAUGACGCUGUAUGGCUCUAUGCACAUGCACUGAACCGUACUCUCACUGAUGGCAAAAACAAAUCAAACGGCACAGAAAUCUUGAGAAAUGUCAUCACGACUAAACCAUUGUUCACUGGUAAAUAUUGCUUGACGUUUUACCACUAGACGUGUCUUUUAGUAACUUCGAUUAAUUGUACUGUAAAAGUAGCCACCAGCCGUUACCAGAACAAGUGGUUCCUAUCUCAUGGGUCAAUUUCGAUAACCUGAAAGUAUCAUUCACUUUUGCAGGAAUGUCAGGACCUGUCAUGAUAGAUAAGAGAGGAAAUCGAGUGCCAGCUUUCGUAUUUGAAAAUAUUCAAAGCAGUUCAAAUUUACCCUUUUUGGAGCUUGAUGUUAGCGGAACUAAGGUCAAGCAGUACACAGCAACGGUCGUUUGGCCGGGGGGCUCGACCAGAAUUCCUGAUGAUGAGCCGAAGUGUUUGUUUGAUCCUUGUAAAGGUAACAAGAUAAUAUACACGUAAAUGCUAGGAGCCCUUAGAACUCUUGAAACUCUUGUAUGGAGUUCCCUGAAAAAAUCUCAAAGUCCUUAAAUGGGCCAAAACACCAAUUUGUCUCUAAUAUUAAACAGCUUGCAGUAGUUUGAAAAGUAGCUUUGUUAUGCUUUAGAGGCAACCCUUUCCUGGAGUGACACAAAGAAACAUUAUAUGCAAAUCUGUCCUUUAACUAACUCUUCAAGUUCGGCGAUCGAAACCAAAUAAAUGGAAGAAGCUCUUCAACGAUGGCAGAAAUGAAAGCGAUCUUUGUGACACUGUUCGCUGAGGUCUAGAAUAAAAUUCUAUAUUAAAGGCUGGUUUCCGAAUAAUCUUUGCGAUGGCCUGAAUCGCUCAGAUCCCUGGAGUUUUCUCAGCGAUCGCAACACCGAGUUUCUUGAUAACCAGAGGAAUUAUGAGGCUCUCAUUUGACUUUUGCGUGGAGGUUUUAGCGGGUAAGAAUUUGUCAGUGGUGAAAUUUUAAUUCGCGCGGAUGAAACAUUAUACUUUUUGUUUACUAGCCAAACGAACUAAUUUGUCUGAAAAUGUGAAUUUUUGCCUAACCGACACAAAAUCUCGCAUCGAUAUAUUAAACGUCGUCUUCUGCAAACUUAGUGUUUUGGUUGUUCGGUCUACACAUCUGGCACGAUAAAUUUUGCCGUCACUAGAAAUUUCGCCCCGCCUGUUCAUCUGAAACUUUUUCACUGAAAUUUGCUUAUUUCGCCGAAUUUUGGUGAGGUUCGCUAACUUCACUUUCAGCUACUUCUCCAAAGUAGUGUGCUGUAACUUGGGAAGAGAAUAUAGAACCUUUUCUUACCUGAACCUUACCCCUAUCGAUGCCAUUAAAGAAAAAACUAUGUCAAAAACGAGGGCAAGUGCUUCAUCACGGUUCGAGACACCGAGAAACAGAUGAAAGCUCGAGGCCGUAGUUAUUCCUAGUAAAAAUGCGAAAGUACUGAUUUCUCUUAUACUACUUCUUCUGCCGAUAGACCGUAUAGGCGAAUCUUUGUUUACAGCUUUUGCCUCAUUCGCAUACGCGUUUCAUUCCCUAAUCAAGUUAUCAAAAAAACUCUGAAUAGUGAAAGAGCAUUAACAGUUUCAGUUAUCUCUGGAAAUUAGAGCCCGAUAUACCAAAUAGUUUCAGAGAAAUUCUCUCCCAAAUGUUCGAAAGUUUUCAAAAAAUGAAUAUGAGCUCAGUAGCGUUUUUGCCACCCAGCAAUUUCGCAAUUCUCGAUUGCUGCUAUUUCCUUUAGUAUUCAAUGCAAAGAGCUGUAAAUUGUACAAACUGCUCAAAUUAACCAGCAAUUUCAACUUUCAAACCUAAUUGGUUAAAAAGGACGACGUCUUCUAUGGGUUAACUCGUAUGCUAAUGAGCAAAAAUGUAAACAAUUAUGUCAACAAAGAUUUGUCGAAGCGAAACUUCGCACUGACUUCGUUCUAAUGAAAUGAAAUUUCGUCCUACGAGCACGAAAUUUCGUUUCGAUUAAUCACCUUGCUUGCGAAAUUUCGCCGCUUUUUCGUCUGAAGCAAAAGUUCGCAAUUUGAUCGCCGAAAUUCGCGUAAUUUCGCUUAUUUCGGCAAAUCUCGUUUGCAUUUCUUUUGCACAGUACUGUAUAUACUGUUAAUUACCUAAACAAAGUUAAUUAUUAGGACUAUCUCAGUAUAAAUGGACGAAUUUUGUAUUGUCAAUGUAAAACAGCUGGAUUUCCUAUACCGGGUACGAAUCUAACAGCUCGUAGCCUGUGGACAUCUGCUUACUCACUUAGACAUCUCUUUCCCAUAUUUUUAUUUUAAGAGGUAGUGGCGGAUGUACACAUUUAAGUACGUGAUAGGUGACCAUUCGAUAUUAUUCGCUUCCAAGGGAUUUUAAAAAGCCCCAGGGCACAAGGCUGUAUUAGCUUGGAAGUAUAGGAAUUAGAAACAUUUUGUCACCCUCAAAAGAACAAUGACCUUCAAAUGGCCUAAAAGAGGUUGAAAUACUAUUUAAUUCUUUAUAUCUUUUCAAGAAAUGGAGUUGGAUAGCUGGCCCCUAAUUGUUGUCGCCGUUCUCUCUCCGCUUGCUGUUAUUUUAUCUCUUUUGGCGGUCUAUCUGUACAGGUAUCGAUUUAAAAUGUUUCAUUCUUUAAUAAAAUGUGAUAAAGUAUUCUUGAUUUCAAAAAUUCCGUUGACUUUUCCCGGGUUCCUUUAGGCGCAAGAAAUACGAGAAGGAUCUUUUUAACAAUGCUUGGAUCAUAGACUUCAGUGAAAUUAUACCAUUAUCAGUGGGUAACGGGUUUGCUAGCAAGGUAAGUAAACUGAAUACUGAAAUAAUCUAACAAGAAAUUGCUAAGAACAAGUAUCGAACCUCAAAUCAUUUGCAAGUCUGGUCUCAGGAGUUGACAGUUUUGUAAUUAGUACCACAGAUACAGAUUUGUAAGUAAAUAGGGGACCCGCUCAUCAAGACCCUAGAUAAGAUGGUCACAAAGCCUCGAAAAUAUUUUUUCCUGGCCAGCCUGCGGGCCUCAGUUUGGCCUAUUGGGGCCCUCCUAGCCCCACUACCGCUCCUCUAGAUCCUCCACUUGAUAUUGCAUUUGGCCUCCAAGGCCUUCUAGAUUUUGAUACGUUUAAAGACGUAGGUAACCCUUUUUUAUAAUAAGUUGUGACAACGAUGUUUCUUAUUCCUUGUUCUUCUGUAUGUUGCAGGUUGCUAAAAGCUUUUCGUGCAUUUCCCAAAAUUCUGCCCAAACUGAAUGGACUGCAGGGAAACAAGCAACACCACUCGUCGGUCGAUACAGGGUAAAGCCUUACAGCUUUUUAAAGCAUUUCCUUUAUAAUAUCAUGCAAUCAUUUAAAGAAAAAAUUAAGACUGAAAAAUUCUUUUUGAGAUUGAAGUUUAAGUAUAAUACUUAAAAAGUGGAAGUGAAGGAGAGAGGAAUUAGUCCUUUGAGGUCUUUUCUUUUCUUCCUUGUAUUGUUUUAUCAUUUCAUUACUGUUGUUAUCAUAUAUAUAUAUAAGUAUAUACGUAUGGUUGACGGAAGAAAACAAGUAACUACAUAAGUAUCCCUACAAGCCUGUUUCGUGGUUGCCCACUCAUCAGGGGAUUUUAAUGAGAAUAACUUUACCAUUACUUAUAUACUAGACUGAUUUACAUAAUUUAUUCAUAUAUAUAUAUGUAUAUAUAUAUAUUACUAUUAUUGUUAUUUUCAAAUUGUUGUUAUUAUUAUCAUUAUUAUUUUUAUUAUAUAUUAUUAUUAUUAUUAUUUCAUUUAUAUAUUUCAUAUUUUUGAAUCUGUAAAUAGUCUAUUUUUUUUAAAUCUAUGAAUAAAGUUUUGUAUUAUUAUUACUAUUUAUUAAAAAUUAGUAUUAGUAUUAGUAUUGAUUAUUAUUAUUAUUGUCAGUUCCCACGGUUUUCUUGAUCGUCCAACGGGGUCAUUUCCUGGUAACAGGUAACCUCCCAUCAUCUUAGGUAUCCAUCACCUUUCUUAUAAUUCUUGCUUUUCCCAGUAAAAAAGCUUUUUGUAAUGGCAGAAUACUUCCCUCGAGUGCUGCUUUUUUUAAAUACGGAUGGAAUAUUUUACUGGUCAAUUAUUAUUAUUAUUAUUAUUAUUAUUAUUAUUAUUAUUAAGAGGAAACAGGCUGGUUAAAGUACUUCGACUAGAAACUCUCAAAGUCUCUUUUUACAAAAGAUCAUGUUUCUAGAAAUGGCACGCUCAGUGUGCUCUACCGUAGGUAUCAAUUCCCCCAAGGAAAAACUUGUUAAAACGGACAGCAAAGAAACAACGCCGUAAGCAUCCGUGUUACAUCGGCUUCUGUAUGACAGUGUGUUAAGACUGAAACAUGCAGGAACAAAAUAGCUGUCCGUAAUAGUACGCCGUCUGUAAGUCGUCGAUGCGAAGAGAUUAUAAUAUAGAGUAUUUUUUUGUCUUUUUAUAGGGAAACCUGAUAGCUAUCAAACGUUUGCACAAGGAUUUUGUCAAAUUAUCUCGUGAUAUUUUAAUAGAGCUGAAACAGGUGAAAUAAAUCACUUGAGUACGUUUUAAUUAGAUAGGUACAACACUAUACAUCGAUAAGUGAAGCGGCCCUAAAUUACCGAAGGAUCUCUAAUUUGACAUUACUAAAGGUGAGUCCGCGACUGCGCUCUUUUUGCGGCACUACAUUCAAACACAGUUCUACUGAUCGUCUUGAAGAGGAGCAGAUCUCUUGUUUAGCCUGACAGAUUAUAGACGCUUUUAAUACCCUCUAUUACAACUAAAAAAAAUCGUGACAUUUAUUACUACUUACAGGAAAAUACUAAUUGUAAGUUAAAUUAUUAUUAUUUGUUUGCAAAGGUACGCGACCUAGUUCACACGAACCUCAACCCUUACAUUGGAGUGUGCGUCACUUGUCCUAAUAUCUGCAUAAUCUCAAACCACUGUUAUAGAGGCAGCUUAGAGGUGAGAAAGUUCCCCACAAGUAAUAAAAACGGCCAGGAGGGGUCAUUACUCGGAGGGUCAAUCACGUGAUCGUUUCUGUAGGUUACCUAGCCGCCAACGGAAUGUGAAGUUGUUGUCUUUUGAAUUAAACAUUGCCUUAGCGCGAAAGUACUAGUUGAGGACAAUUUUAAACGCCUUCUACUGGAGACGGGACCUCUAAUUUGCCUGGUCAUCGGAGCUACUGGAAGAUCCAGCAGUUUGUGGGGCAAAGGUAAUCUUCAUUUGUCAGUUACUUGAAGACCCUGAUUGUUGAUCUGGCCCCGCCGCCACUUCCCACUGUGCCGUCAAUUAACGCUCCACCGACUGAGCUAGUCCUGUCACGCGGUUGGAAGAAUAUGAAAGGGUCUGAAAGUGACAAAGAGUAAGAACAGCGUUAAAUUUACUUUAACCAUGACUGAUUUCCUUGGAACGUUUUAACGUGGUCUUCAUUUCAGGAAGUACUGGCAAACGAUAAUAUCAAACUUGACUGGUUCUUUCGUGCAUCCUUUGCUCAAGACAUUGCAAUGGUAAUUAUUCAAUUUAGUGUUAUCAAACCCAUUUAACAUCAUUCAAGAAAAGAAAACAAAGAAUAUUUUUUUACCGUAAUUGAUUUUCCUUGUCACUGUAGGAUUAGUAGUUAAACUGAUGAACUGUAACUAAAUCAGACUAUAAGAUAAUCGAAGCAGCCCACUGUUUCUCUUAGUUUCAACAAUAUUAAAGGAAAACUACCAUCAUUAAAGAUUGCGAUAUCGUUGCAUCUUUUUAAUGAUAGCAAUUUUGAAAUUUCACCUAGGGAAUGUCUGCGUUACAUGCCUCUCCCUUACAAGUGCAUGGUCAUCUUAGAUCAUCCAAGUGUUUGAUUGACAGCCGGUGGGUGUGUAAAGUGUCGGACUAUGGUCUGCACCUUUUAAAGUCUGGUCAAAAGCCUGAAGAUGUUGGCGAAUAUACUGAAUACCAAAGUAAGCUGAGAGGUUUGAACAGUUCAAAUAAUCAACUAACGCAAAAAAACUGUUCAUGCACCCUUUCCCAAAUGUGCAUUAAAUUCGUUAAGAGGCAAAACUUUUAAAAGGAAAGAUUAACCAAAGCAUCUUUAACAACCCUUUGCGUCGCCUGAUCUGUCGUCAUUGAUUUCAUACACGAAAGAAAAUUAAAAAGUGAAAUCGUGCCGCCAAUAGGGGGUUGUAAAUUUCAUAACAGAAUAAUUAUGUGGUUGCCCUCAGUAUAAAUCUGGCUUGUAUGGCAAACAACGACUAUAAUUACAGUGGAACCCUUUCUUUGGGAUACCUCUAAUCAAGGGUUACCUCCAUCUAGGGGACACAAAUAUUAGUCCUGAAAAAAUGUUCACAUAAUCUUUGAAUCUGUUACCUCUAUUUAAGGGACACCUCUAUUCAGGGGAAAGGGGAACCAAGGGCUAACCUCCACUCAGGGGACACCUUUAUUAACAGUCAUAAAGUGAAUGACCACAAAAAGUCUCGAUAAGUUUAAGAGUACACUAGUCAAAAUGACGACAGUUUUCACGAAAUGUAUGUUACUGUAGUUGUGGGAAUUCAACUCAAAAUAUCGCAGAACUAAGUUAAUUAAUCAGAAUUUUUUAUACCUUAUCUAGCUAUUUAAAAUAAUGACUGAAGCUAAUUCCGAGACAGAAUAGAAAAUGUUAAAUUUUUUGGUUAAUAAUAAACAAACCCCAGCCCAACCUCCAUUAAGGGGACACUUGCUUUGGUCCCGAGGGUAUCCCCUGAAUAGAGCCCCAGUGUACAUAAUUUUCCGAAAACAGGUCAGUCCGUCCUUCAUAUAUUUUAGUUUUAAAACAACAAAAGUAAUUUCUCUCCCGGGGGUUUUAACAUCAAAGGAAGGUCCAUGAUGAUAAGCUGUUACAUGCGUUUAUUAAAGUGGAAUCAACGCAAAAUGUACAGUUUUUUCCUCAUCUUUCGAGCUGAACGCUCCCCUACUUUGUAAAUUAAUUAUGGUAACACGUUUAUAUGCUCCUGAACGUAACUAUAAUUUUAGGCUUGAAAUUCUUACUAUUAAUUCAUAAUUUGACUUGUGAUGUGCAUUUGAGCACAUUAUCCAUUGGGAAUUAGCACACAACAAAUCGUAUAUUACCUUCAUCAUUGUCAUCAUCAUCAUUUUCAUUAUCAUUAUCGUUAUCAUCAUUAUUACUAUUAUUAUCUGUUUAGAACUUUUUUGGACAGCUCCAGAAUUUCUUGGAGAGGAUGCAGAUUUACCAUUUUCACAACCAGGUGAUGUGUACAGUUAUGGGAUCAUCCUCGGCGAACUACUCAGUAGAGAGAUGCCAUAUUUUUCAUAUAAUAUGAGCCCCAAAGGUAGGUUCUUUAGUACCAUUACAUUUUUAUGAGUUUAUGAUUUUAGUAAAGUUUGGUCUUGUUUUUCUUUUCAUCCAUUAUUGUCAAAUUCAUUAACCACUGAUCGCACAAGUGUGGAAUAUUUUACACGCACAUGCUCGGAUUGGCUAACUUGAAGGUGGCGGACGAACUACAAUCAUCGUCAAAAGUGUUGGGAAGGUUGCGUUUUUUACCUCUUCUUUUUCUUCCUCCCCCCACCCCUGGCCCAAUGUUGAUCCAAACGUUAAUGUUUGCGCGCGCAAUUGUUCUUUUAUAUCCCAACAUUGAAAAGGGGGGACGGGGGAUAUUUAGCAAAAGAGAAAACUCUCUUUUUUCAGAAUUAAAAUGGACUACUGUUAAGUUCUACAACCUUCCCAACUAAUUUUGUCUGUGAUUGUAUUUAUUACUCGUGAGACUCGUGAGCCCCGAAAUCGUCUCAUUUAAACGUUCGCAAAUGAUCGAACUGGAAAGUCUGACACCAUUUUUCCUCUUUAGAUAUUAUCAACCAAGUAGCAAAACAGCUUAUUCCUCAAUUCAGACCUGAAUAUCCGACUGACAUAGCGGGUAACAAAGGCGUCAUUCGCUUGAUGCAGAUGUGCUGGGACAACGACCCUCUUAUGAGGCCGACAUUUUCGGAAAUAAAGUCAAAGUUGAAAUCACUUAAUCGAGGAAAGUAAGUCUCUUCGUUCAUCACAACGUCAGUGCCAAUAUAAAUAAGCAUUAGACGCAAUGCAAAAUAUUGACCAGUCCAGUUCCCGUCUGGAUUAAAAUUGUUGUUAGAAACCAUGAAACCCCGAACAAGGCUCCCGUUUUGGCGUCUGAACUCAAACCAAUUAUUUGAUGAGGUUUUUGUGACAUCCGCAAUAAUUAUGGUCGGGUAAGGCUGAAAAUUUACUUAGACCUUGUUUAACAAAAACGAUUCUAAAAAUUCUCUUUUUGUAAGUUGUUUUGAAAAAAGUUACGACAUACACACCUUCACACGCAACAAACUACAGAUAACUCAGUUAUCUGCUGGCGGAUACAAGUAACAUUUAUAAAAAUCUGCAAGUUUCGAUUAUGUCCAAAAUUAACUGUAGGCUCUUAGCCAAUAAAAAGACAUAUCUAAGUAGCGAGUACAAUGUAUGAUAAUCUAGGUUCAUAUACAUAAGUCAUGGUUCAGAUCUAGGCUCGUGUGACGGAUGCUACAUUUUUUGAUAGUGCUUAUAUUUUACCUGCGUCAUAUCCGUAACCUGUCAGAAUUUAUGUUCUUCAUCUAAUGCCAAAUCUGCCCAGCUAAGCGUAUCACACCGUUCCUACUUCAUAUAAAAGAUAUUAUUAAUUUUCAUUCGUGAGCAAACGUGAAUAUAACUUGGAAAUUUAGUAUUUGUAUAGUGGUAUCUUCAGAAUUAAUAGUCAGUGUUAGCGUUUUGACUCUCAAGCAAAUAAAAAUGGAGCGAUGUAAUAUUUGCGUCUCCUUUCUUCAGGAAUUCUAACAUUAUUGAUAACAUGAUACGCAUGAUGGAAAACUAUACAGACCAGCUUGAACAUCUUGUGGACGAGAGAACAAUGCAGUUGGCGGACGAGAAGGCUAAAACAGACGAACUACUCUACAAAAUGUUACCAACGUGAGUACAUUAAACUCUUAUAGUUUUUAAGGUAUUUUCAAUUUUUGUUUGACAUGUAGAAUUUUUAAUUUUGUACUUGAUUCAUUAAAACGGUUUUUAAAAUGAAAUUAUUGUGCCUCCCUGAUUUUGAAUGCAUGUUUAUGACUCAGAAAUCCUUUUUGUCCAUUCUCGUGUUUAGGUCUAGAUUUGGACCCUUGAUAAUUCUCUUUGAACCUGAUCGCCUUGUAAAUCAACUUUGUUGGCCCAGAUCGUUUGGCAAUUUCACGACGAAAUGAAAAUCCAACAUGGCAGAUCUUACUGAGAUGACAGACAGUUUAAGUCACGACGUAAUUCCAGGCCACAUGACGUCAUCAGGAGACCUUACGCUUAAAUAUUGACAGCUAGGCUCACUGUCAUAGCUUCAAAAUUCUAGGCCGUUUUUAAAGUGAAAUGCAAAUUCCGUUCCUGCCUUCUGCCCCGUGUAGUUCGAAGAUUGUUCAAAAAGCUAAUCACUUCGUCGGCUUUUGAAUAAUUUCGGUUCAAGUUUACAAUUUAAUUUAUGGCCAGCAUUGUCCUUGUUUAUGUUUAGGUCAAUCGCGGAAGACUUAAAACAAGGAAGAUCUGUAAUGGCUGAAAGUUUUUCCAGCGUAACAAUUUGUUUCAGUGACAUCGUGGGCUUUACUUCCAUGGCCGCCCAAUGUACACCAAUGCAGGUAAAAUAAUCAGAAAGCAGUUAAUUUACAUGCCAGGUCUUAGAACCUUAUUGCACAGUUAGCUUCCAUCCUUUCCGUCUUUGUGCAAGUGAGGUUAAAUAACGUUUAAGAGGCUGGAAAUGGUUUUAUCAUCUAAAUGCGCGCGUUUUGCACUCAAUCCAAAAGUAGCUAACAAAUGUCGCAACACCGGAAAUUAAAUACCGACCAAAACCGCGUAAACUGGAAGUCAAAUAAAGUUUAUUCAGUGAUCAGCCCUGGUCUUUUGCAUACAAGCAAUCGGUGUGUCAUCCGUAUUUUUCAUCUUAUUUGCCAUUUUCACAUUGUCUUCAUUUUCUCUUGGGACCACUGAAGGCAAACAUUAUGGCGAGGGGGGGGGGGGAAGGGGUGUAACCGCCGAAAGCGACUUUUCUUUACGGUAUGUGACAGCAUUCAAACGCAACAACAAGAAUGGAUAUUGAUGAAGUUGCUAUUAAUGGCUUUGUUAGAUCGUUGGUUGGUUUAAACUGAAAUUAAAGUAAAAAAUAAACUUAAAAAAUGUAAAACGGCUAAAAAGCGACAAAAUAAACCGAAAAUGAAACUGAAACACGGACUGACACUUACAUUGUGUAGCACUGUAAACCAUGAAGAAAGUAAACUCUGCCGAUACUGGAAAAACCUGCUUAAUGUACACUCCACUAGGUGAAACUUAAAGGUGACUAAAUAAUUCUGGAACUUUAACUAAUAAAGAUGCAAAUGACCGCACUACUUUUCCCAAGGGGGCCUGAUUAGAGGAGGCUAUUGUUCUUGGGUGUUAGAUACAACAGGGGGGGGGGGGUAACAAGGUGUAUUAUGGGAAAUAAGUAAAUUGGAGAAGUCCGAGUUUGGGUCGCAUAGAUGCCACAUAAAACUGAGGGAGGAUGAGUCAUAAUUAAUAGUUAAUUAGCUUGUGAAAUUACUCUUAUCUUGCUGACUGAUGAUAGGUUCCUUUAAUCAUACAAAAUUUCUUCUCUUUAUCACUUUGACAUUUUUUCUAACAUUCAGUCAUUAAAAACCGAGCCCGAUAAGCACUUUAGAAAGUAACACUUUUGAGGUACUUUGAACCAUAAUAAUUAUUUCGAAGUCGUUUUCUCGUCAUUUGUGAUUGUAUAUCUAUUAGUAAUUAUGGACGGUAAUGGCAGUAAAUGAAUGAAAACGGAAAUAAUUAUUGCUGAUCACCAAUAAUAAUGCAGGGAACCAUAACAAGUUUUCAUCUUUUGUCUGAAUUGCAGGUGGUGCAUUUUCUUAACGACUUAUAUACCUGCUUUGACAACAUAAUUGAUGCACAUGAUGUUUACAAGGUGUGAGUCUAAAAUAUAUUUCUAUUAGUAAAGGUAAUAGCAUGAUUUGUAGUGAUAUUUGGCAUAAAUACCAGAAGUGAUAUUUCAAUAUUGUUAUACGUAAUUUCACGAGCCGCUAGGCGAGUGAAAUUUGAGACAACUUUGAAAUAUCACGAGUAGUAUUUAUGCCAAAUAUCACGUACAAGUCCUGCUAUUAUUUGUUUAUACUACUACCCGCAAAAGGUUUGUAAUUUUCACAUGUUGGUGUUUCAAAUUAAGCUGAAACACCACUGCUCUAGAUCUAAGCCAAUCAAAUUGCAGAAUUUUCUCAUGUAGUAAUAUAACUAUAAAUAUAUUACUAUAGCGUAUUCUUAACAGAUACGACGAAUAGGUUAGUGUAUCUGGUCAUAUAGCGUCGUAACAAACACCUCCUUUGCACACUGUUCAGUUUGUAAAUUGUCGAUUUGUACGAGAGCAUUAUUGUGUACGUCCGAUCAGCGGUACGUGCCGCGCUGUUCCAAAUACUCUUUCAACUCAAUCGAUAUUUGACAAAUAAAGUUCUCUACAUACGGUAAGCGUCUCUAAAAUAUGGGAUAGAGGUAGGGAUAGGAUAGAAAAUCAGGAGAUUUUGGUCUAGAGAAGGGUAUCAUUUAUGGCAAAUUGCCCAUGCAGUAGUAUGAAGUUGAAGUUGCUGUUUCAAAAAUUGAAUCUGAGUCUGGGUAAGGGUAGGGAUUUUUGGUGCCUAGUCUAGAAUAAAGCAUAGAGCAGAAUCACAGGUUUAAAUUCGUUUAUGGGAAUCGAAACCAACUUUGCUUGGGAACGUACGCUCGCUGUAUGUAUUUCCAAGUGUACCUCUCUUGGUAAUAGGUUGAGACAAUUGGUGAUGCAUACAUGGUGGUAUCUGGUUUGCCUGUUCGGAAUGGUAACAAGCAUGCGGGAGAGAUAGCUACGAUGGCGUUACACCUCCUGAGUUCCACGAGAGACUUUAAAAUCCAGAAUCUACCCAAUAGCAGACUUCAGCUACGUCUAGGAAUUCAUACCGGUUUGUUGAUUUGCUUUUUUGACCCUGUUGUAUCACAUCAGAGUUUUUACUCAAUAUGAAACAUCCUACAUAUCAUUAUUUCUCCGUUUCCGUGUGGCUCAACUCUUCCAAGUAAUCCUCCAUAAUCAGCUAGUGUUGACCAAAUUUAGAAGAUGCAUGCUUGCCGAUAUUGACAUACGAUUAACGAUUGACGUCAAUUGUACUCAGGAUAAUCGACAAUGAAGGGGCAUACGGCGCGCUCUCUCAGCGAUGUUUUGCCACUGUAGAGCUACAAAAAUUUCAGUUGGAUAAAGAUUUUCACGCGUCAUGGCUCAAAUUCAAAUACAAAUAUAUGUACAUUCACCACAUCGACAAAACGGCCCCGUAUUAACAACAUAAGAUUCCUUUAUCUCGGAUUUGUUAUUUAUGCAUAUGCAAACAAGCUUAUCAAUAAAAUACAAGAACUCUGUUCUAGUCCAUCUCUCUAUGCUUAUUGCUUACGCCCGGAAUACGAGUAAGAAAAGCUGAUAAGCAAAACGACUCUCUCUUUACGUAUUUUUUGGAUGCUUUUAAACUUAAACGUUUUCUUCAACGAUUCUUUUUCAAGGGCUUGACUCAAACUGAGAGACCCACCACGUCUGUUGUUUUGAAAAUAUCAGAGAAAGCAGCUGAGUCUAAUUAUAAGUUGUUCACAUUUUUCACCAUGUGUGGACUUUUUUUUCCUCAAAUGUUAAAUUAUAGGGUCUUGCGUCGCUGGAGUUGUAGGACAUAAAAUGCCUAGAUAUUGUUUGUUUGGAGAUACUGUCAAUUAUGCCUCGAGAAUGGAAUCGACUGGGCUUGGUGAGUGAAUACUCUUAAUUACGAGAUUAUAAGGGACUCUUCCACGUGUAGCGAAGUCAACCAGGGCCACCUGAAAUAUAAAUUUUAUUGAGAUACUGUCAUUUUAAUCUGAUAACGAACUACACAAGGUAUACUCCAUUGUUGGGAUCGUGACCCGAUUCGUGGGGCAACCAGCAGUGUCUUGGAUGGCCCCAAUUGAAUUCGGUGCACUGUUAUCAAAGUUAGGCCCAGUUCAAACGUCGAACUUCUCAAAUCAUACAAGGUCGACGGUUGAUUUGAAUUUAAUUAGUUUUUGAAUUUGAACUUAAUUAUUUUCACGAUGUUGACAAUGAUCUACAUUGCUUCAGCUAGAGAAAAUAAAUUACAUAGUAAUUUAUGCAUUAGGUUAGACACAAGGAGAGUUCCAUCGUUUGUAACGAAGUCGCUCCAUAUGGGCCAGUCGAACUUGAUUCAUGGGUCUACUCAAAAUUAGAUAUGUUGGGAUGAACUGAUUCAAACGUUGAUCUUUUCGUUUACUUAAUCGAAAAGGACUAGAAUCGGUACAUGAAAAGUUCGAACUUUGAACUGGACCUUAGGUUAAUGAAUAUGAUUAAGAAUAAUGAAAAUGUACUUCUUUUGUUAAUUACAUUGAGUGAAACCCAGUGUUGUUUUAAACAAGAUUUUCUUCUUCUUUUAUUAAAAACGUUAAUAUUUUCUUUGUUGAUCAGCCUUAAGAAUUCACGUGAGCCCAGAAUGCAAAGCUGCGUUGGAUCGUAUAGGAGGGUUUUAUUUGAAGGAGAGAGGUCCUGUAACUUUGAAGGUUGGUUGAGAAAUAAUGUGACCACGCUUAUCAUCAUCAUAAUCAUCAUCAUCAUUAAAACAAAACCCAUUUCUCACUUCACGAUUAAAUUGUUUGGAAACAGCUACUCUUAAUUAAUCCGUCAAAGUUUUUUGUGUGUUCACAGGGACCGUAAAAAGGCAUUGUCUAGCACCUAUGAAAAACGAAUCCCUUUUUUUUAUUCAGAUUUACAAUGGGUAUUUGGGAAAACUCAUCAUGUCUUUCCAUUUUAUCCCCUGAUCACGAAAUUUAAAGACUGUCGAAAAAUUAUUUUUUUAGCAUGGAUCCUUGCUUUGGUUGGACUGUCUGUCAUACUAGAUUAUUGAGCUGCUGUAGUUGUUCUCUUUUAUUUUCAGGGAAAAGGAACCAUUAUCAGUUAUUUCUUAAACGGAAAGGAAGGCUUCACUAAACCUCUACCGGACCUUCUAGAUGCAGCACCCUUGUCAGAACAUGAAUUUAAACAAUAA